AUGGUGUCCAGUGUUCCAUAUUGUUAUCCAUUAUCAAGUAUUCAAGUUUUAUCCAAUAUUCCACAAUUCCAUUAUUAUCCAGUAUUCCAGUGUUAUUCAGCAUUCCAGUGUUAUUCAGCAAUCCAGUGUUGUCCAGUAUUCCAUGUUAUAUACCCAGUGUCCCAAUGUUAUCCAGCAUUUUCCAGUAUUCUAGGUCUCAAUGUCCAAGAGUCAUCAAAUAUUCCAUAUGUUCCAGUAGUAUUAUUGUCUAUUUCCAACAUUCCAGUGUUAUCAGUUAUUCCGGUGUUGUCCAGUAUUCAUAUCCAAAGUCCCAGUGUAACAGUGUUGCUCAGUGCAUUCCAUUAUUAUCCAGUGUUAUCCAGUAUUCCAGUGUCGUCCAAUGUUAUCCAGUAUUACAGUGUUGUCAAAUGUUAUCCAGUACUUAAUGUUAAUAUAAUCAAUCCACCAGUAUCCAGUGUUACAGUGUUCAGUGUGUCAUCUAAUAUUCCAAUAUUCCAGUGCUAUCCGUUGUUCUCCAAUAUUCCAGUAUCCAAUGUUCUGGUGUUCCAAUGUUGUCCAAUAUCCCAGUAUUAUCCAGUAUUACAGUAUUGUCCGGUAUCGGGUGUUCAGUAUUGUCCAGUAUCUAGUGUUCAAGUGUUAUCAGAUGUUGUUAUUAUAAAGUUUCCAUAUUAUCCAGCAUUUCCAUAUUUUAGUGUUUCAAUGUUCCAGUGUUUUCAAUAUUCCAGUAUUCCAAUUUUAUCCAGUAGUACUGUAUCCAGUGUUCCAAUAUCAUUUAUUGUUCCAGUAUUGUCCAUGUUUUCCAGUAUUCUAGUGUUUCGAUAUUCCAGUGUUCCAAGAUCAUCUAGCAUUCCAGUGUUGUCCAGUAGUUUCAAUGUUCUAGUAGUAUCCAGUAUUCCAGUGUUUUCCAGUAUUCCUAGGUUUCCAAUGUCAUCCAGUGUUCCAAGUUUCGAUGUUGUCCAGUGUCCUAAUGUUGUUCAAUGA